AUGACUUACUGUUUCGGGUCGAUUUGUUUCGGGUCUUUGAUUGUUUCUUUGAUUCAAUUGCUUAAGGCAGGUGUGCAAAUACUCAAGAAUGACGCUUUUGGCCAGGGCGAUGUUUGCGCCGGUUGUGGGUUCUUAAUUUUAGACUUCAUCAUUGGCCUUUUGGAGUGGCUCGUACGCUACUUCAACCAUUAUGCCUACUGUUACGUUGCCUUGUACGGUAAGAACUACAUUCGGUCCGCUAAAGACACCUUUGAUUUGAUUCGGUUCAAGGGUAUGGACGCCUUGAUAAACGACUGUUUCAUCAACACCUCAUUGAAUAUCUGGUCUAUGUUUGCAGGAUAUGUCUGUGCAUUAUUGUCCUACCUCUACUUGAGACUCACCAAGCCAGGCUACAACUCGGAUGGUCAAUAUUAUGCUCCUGUGAUAGCUUUUGCUUUCUUGAUUUCCGGUCAAAUUACCCGUAUUGCUCUUACCGUGAUUGAGUCUGGGGUUUCUACAUUUUUCGUGGCUUUGGCCCAAAGACCCAGAAGUUUUCCAAAUGACAAACAGAGACCGGUUCGACGAGGUGUUCCGCAAUUACCCACAGGUGUUGCAGAAGAUUAUGUCCGACCACUAGAGCUUAUUUAUAGAGGAUACUGGAAAGUAUCCUUACUAUGGGUGUGA